CCUUCCUUUCUGCUGCUUUGUGGCCUCUCCUGAGCUGCCCUGCUCAGCACCGUCCCCGCCCCACUGGGACCUGGCGGCCACCUCUGUUCCCCUUCGCCUCCCUGAGCGCCCCUGACCGCAGGACAGACCUGAUGCCGCUGCCGGACCAAAAAAACUCACUGUAUGCAAGAAAAUGUACAAAAUCUAGGAGCAACAGAUGCAACCUAAACAGAAAAAGAGAAUGGAAGGAUUUCAGAAAGGCCAUUAUGGAGCUAUGGCUGAAGGCGUAGUGGAAGAUAACUGGACUGAAACGUCCACCUCAUUGAGGAUCAUCCUGGUGGGCAAAACAGGCAGUGGGAAGAGCGCCACGGGAAACAGCAUCCUCUGCCAGCCAGUCUUCAAGUCCAAGCCAGACGUCCAGCCCGUGACUAAGAAAUGCCAGCGGGAAGCAGGCACAUGGAAUGGGAGGAGCAUCCUGGUGGUGGAUACGCCCCCCAUAUUUGAGGCAAAGGCCCAGACCCAGGAUGCAUACCAGCACAUCGGGGACUGCUACCUGCUCUCUGCCCCGGGGCCCCACGUGUUGCUGCUGGUGACCCAGCUGGGGCGCUUCACGGACCAGGACGCCAUGGCAGUGAAGAGGCUGAAGCAGGUGUUUGGGAUGCAGGCCCUGAGGCACACGGUCCUCCUCUUCACCCACAAGGAAGACUUGGAGGGCCAGUCCCUGGAGGAUUAUGUGACCAACACGGACAACGGGGCCCUCCAGGACCUGGUCCUGCAGUGUGGGAGGAGAGUCUGUGGCUUCAACAACCGGGCGUCUGGGGAGGAACAGCAGGCGCAGCUGGCGCAGCUCAUGGCUGUGAUCACGCAGCUGGAGCAGGAGCUCAAGGGCUCCUUCCUCAGCAACGACCUCUUCCAGGCUCUGGUGGUGCGGCAAGGUGGGAAAGGCGUCUACCAGGGAGGCUACAGGAGGUUCCUGGCCAAUGUGAAGCAGCAGGUGGAGAAGCAGAAGCAAGAGCUGAAAGAGCAUGAGAGCAACUGUGCUUUGAAAGCUCUUCUCAGACUCAAGCACUGGGCAAGGUCUCACCUUAUUUUGUGUGCCUUCCUCAUUAUAUGUGUUGUGAUUUUCAUUGCCAUUUUAGUGAAGAGAUGAGUUCCUUGUGGGUGCUAAGCGUUUUCAGGCACUUAGUGCCCUCACUGCUGUUUGUCCCGGAUAACAAUCUCCAUCUUGGUGUGUUUGCUUGUCACCCAGUUUCAUCUCCACUGGUUCUUCCUGGCAUCAGACAUGUCAUCUGAUUUCUUUCAAGUGCUUUUUGGUCAAUAAAAUCUGAAGAAAAAUACAUCAUUUUUGUUUUUUCUUUU